AUGGAUGACAACAAUGAUUUUACGGAUUAUCUACAAGACAUUUUUGAUAAUAUGGAAAAUGAUACACUACUGGAUAUUUUCAGCAUGACUAAUCACUCGCACACAACUUUAAACUUCAAGAAAUUAAAAGAACAUAGGUAUGGGGCUUCUGGGGCCGCUCUUCUCCUGGUUUCGUUUUCAAUCCUUGUCGUCAUUUCAUUUUUCGGAAACAUGUUGGUGGUUCAUGUGAUUGUGAAAAACCGGAAGAUGCACACAGUGACAUAUAUUUUCAUUGCAAAUAUGGCAUUUUCAGAUCUAUUGAUGACAUGUUUGAAUGUUCCAUUGAAUAUUGCGCGAGAACUUAUGUCAGAAUGGACUCUUGGAGCAUUUUUGUGUCACCUUUUGAAUUUUUCUUUGAUGACAUCUGUUUAUGUUUCAACGUUUACGUUGACCGCCAUAGCGCUUGAUCGCCAAAGGGUGCUUAUCUACCCGCUGAAUCCCAGGAUCACAAAACGGAAAGGGAUUUUUAUUCUGGUACUUAUAUGGACACUUGCAUUCUCACUGUCUUUGCCUUAUGGGAUUUAUACAAGAGUACAGGAUUUGAACUUAUUUAUUACCACUGUGAAGAGAUGCCGUACUUAUUUCCCAAGUGGGAAAUGGGAGCAAUAUCUUACCAUUGGAACAGUCGUGGUUCAAUAUGUGAUACCGCUGUCUAUAAUUGGCAUUACGUAUGGACGAAUUGUACACAAAUUAUGGCUCCGUACACAAUUGGGAGUGGUUACUGAAAAACAGCGUAUUUUGAAAAUUCAGGAAAAAAGGAAAAGUAUAAAACUGUUAGUCGCUGUUGUUGCUGUUUUUGCCAUAUGCUGGAUGCCGCUCAAUCUCUAUCAUCUACUCACUGACUUGCAUCCGAAUGUGAAAAAGUUCGCUUAUAACAGUACAGUGUUCUUCAUAUGUCACUGGGUAGCUAUCAGUAGUACUUGCAUUAAUCCGUUUCUGUACUGUUGGAUGAAUCCGAUUUUCAAAAGAGAGUUUAAAAACAUCCUUAAGUGUUGUUGCACCGCUCAAAGUCAUCCUGUGAAUUCAAGGUCAUUUGACAUGGAAUUCGAUGACCUUAUAUAUCCAGGUAACGAUCGUGGAAGGAUGAGGUACCGGAUGCAGUUCACUAAUGGACGUGGUUGCUCAAACGCAUGCUCAAAUAUGUGUUCCGUCAGUUCAUCUGACUCUCAAAGAGGAGGCGAAACACACAUGCUUUACUCAAACCGUAAUGUUCCGUCACAGUCGGUUUGACGAAUUCCUCAUUUGGAACUCAUGAAAAACGUUCAUGAAAUUGUGAUCUACAUUGUGAUGGUAUUUAGUUUAGUAUUGC